CGCAGCUGUUGCGAGGCGUCGCGGCGGGCACAUGGGACAGAUCGCGUCGGCGCAAGGCGCGCCCGAGGCGCCGCGGCCCACCUCCUGGGAUGACGUCGAUGAGCUCCAGACGCAGCCCAUCGACAUUCCUCAUUUUCUCUGGCGGGCCGAGGUCGAGGCAGGGUACUGGAAGCACCUCGAGGCGGCGCAGAUCCAGCCAAUUCGGUUCUUGGGCCAGCGCCUCACAGUCAAGCAGAUUCGCGGCAGCGCCGAUACGACCAAGCCGCCGCUUCCCCCACUCGCACCCGACAUGUCGCCCGGCGCUGCGUUUCUCGCGAUGCCGCAGCUCAUGGAUGAACACUGGAUCUACCCGUUGUGUGCGCUCAUCACCAACUCUGAUGCGCGGACCGCCGAGAUGGCCAUGGCGGCGCUCAGCAGCAUCAUCGACUCGGGCAAGCGACAAGAGAUGGCCGUUGACGCACGUGCGAUUCCGAGCCUCUUGUCGCACCUGCCGCCUCUCAAAGCCAAUUGGAGCGCGGCGCAGUUUGCGGUUCACGCGCCGCUGCAGCGCACGGCGUUCGACGUGCUCACUGCACUCUGCCACGACAACCGGGCUGUGGCGCUCAACCUCAUCGAGCUCCAAGUCGUCGAGCGAAUCGUAGACGUGUGCAGUGCACCGACACCGACACUCGUACUAGAAGAGCGCAAGGCGAGUGCACUGCAGACGCUCUUGGAGCUGCUCAAGCAAGAUGAGCUCAAGCGCGAGCUCGCGAGUACGCCCGUUGUCGGCAUGCUUGUCGUGCUGGUCUCCAAUACGCACGCGUCGAUUGCAUUUCACGCGCUCGCGAGCCUCUCGGAGCUCUUCCUUUGCGCACCGGCGCGGGAGGCCGCGAUCGCCGCCGGCGUCAUUCCGCUGCUACUGACGUGCCUUGUCUCGGCGACGCUGCCGCACUCGAACAAGACGCUGAUUCUACAAGCCACGUACGCGCUCUCGAUUCUAGCCACACACGUGGCCGACGCGUUUCCGCUCGACGAUUCGGUCACGGCGAUCUGCCACGUCAUGGAGAUCCUACGCGGCGCCCUCAAGCGGUCUCGGCUCGCGAGUCUUGUGUGCAUGUUCAUCACGGGUCUGAGCUGGCGCGUCCCGGCUUGCCACCGUUUCCAAGUCGCCUUGCGCGACCGGCCGAGCCCCAACUUGUUCGCGAUUCUCGCAAGUUUGCUCAUCGGCGGCUCCAACGACGUGAUUUGUGCCGCGUCCAUUGCUGUCGCCGCGCUUAGUCGCCAGUCCCCCGAGAGCGUCCACUCGUUUGUCAAGCUCGAUGUGCAUGUGACGCUGACAAAGCUCCUCGCGGCCAAAGAUACGCGCGUCGCGACGUCCUCGGCCAUGGCGCUGCAUCGGUUUUUGCAGCCGUACCAGCUCGAGCUCGUACUUGGCGGCCGAAUACGACCAGCGCCAUGGCAAACCGAGAUGACGCAGCUCAUGCAUUCGAUGGGGGCUAUGGACGUGCUCUUGACGACGAUCCUUGCACCACCCACGUCAACUCAACCUGCGGACAAGCCCCCCGCAUCAGCGUACGAGAUCCAGUCGACGCUAGCGCUCUUUGGGUAUGCGCAAAACAAGGCGGUGUGGGGCGCCACAGCGACCGUCCAUCGCAUGCUGCUGUACAUGCAUGCGGCCGACAACGAGCUACUUCUCGAGCUCCUCUUGCACGUGCAACUGUGUACAGCACCCGACCUCACCGCCUCGCCGCGACCGUUCUGCGAUCUCUUUGUGAGUCAUGGCGGCACCGAGAUUGUACUCCCGCUACUCACGCCAAAGACCGCGCCCAAGUACCUCGUCGCGGGGCUUGCGAUUUGGCUGCACUUGGCACUGGCCUACUAUCGCGACGCAUCCCCGCUGGUACCAGCGCACAUUGAGACGAUGCUGCAAGCGAGUUUGGGGCUCUGCGCCCACGUCCAAGACGUCUUUGUGCUCGCAGCAACGAUCCGCGUCCUCGAAGUGCUCUCGGAGCCAAAGUGCUGCCUCGCCGAGACAACGUUGGCGACGAUCUUGCGCGGCGACGCGCACCGCGUCACAAACUUACUGUUUGUGCACAAGGAAGAGAUUCAAUACAAGGCCGGGCUCGUCGUCGGGCGGCUCGUUCGCGCCGGCAACGGCGUGUACCUUCCACUCCAGAGCGCGUGUGCGCAGCUGCUCGUGCUGCUCGAGUCGCCGUCGCACGAUGUCGCGUUUGCCGCCAGCCAUGCGUGGGGCAAUUUGCUCGUACUGCCAAGUCCGCUUGUCUGCUUUGGCGGCCAAGCCCCGUCGGCGGUGGCCAGUGUCUUGCGCCUCUUUUCAGUGCAAACGCAGCCCAAGCACCUCCGGGAUGCAAGUCGAACGCUCUAUCGCGCUUCGAAGUCCCAUGAGGUCCAAGGCGAGCUGCUCCGGUCCGGCAUGUCGAUCCUCGAAGGGCUCGUCCGGCACGCCCUCGACGUGGUCGGGCACCACACGAUGCUGACGCUCACCGAGAUGGGCAAAACUCCGAUGUACCGGCCGUCCGUGCUCUCGCCAUCGGUGCUUUUGCUCUUCCAAGACCUCUUUCUCUCGUUGCCAGAGACUCCCGUGGUGCCACCGGCCCGGCUGCUCCAAAACAAACUCGACGCACUGUACUUUGUAGCGCACGUGUGCGUCGACGCCGCGUCACAGCAUACCGUCCUAGUCGCGGGUCUCGUCGACCAUACGAUGGCGCUGGUCCUGACGCCGUCGCCCGAUGAGGUAUCAGCGCUCAAGCUCGCUGCGCUCACGGCACUUGCGACGCUCUGCAGCGCGGACGACGCGACGCGCGACCACAUUCUCAUCGAGCCGAUUGUCGCAGCCGUGCUGAGGCUUCUGGAUCCACCCGAGAUGGCGCACCUGGAGCUCCUCACGCAGUGCCUCACGAUCGUACUGCACCUGUUGGACGCACCGCGGGCGCAGCUGCUCAUUGGCAAGAGUCCGCUCGUUGGCAACAUUGUGCAGACGCUGCAAGUCCUCGACAACAACGUGCGGUCGCUGGCCUGCCAAGUCCUUGCCAAGCUCGCGUUCCGCUGCGACGGUGUGAAAGCCGACAUGUCGCGCAUGGACGCACUCAACAUUUUGCUCAACCUCGUCUGCCUCGAGUCGCUCGGAUCACGUGUGCAGCGCGAUGCAUUGCAUGCGCUCGGGACGCUCGUGGGUACGGCGUCGCCGGCGUCCAAGACCAACAAGCAGGAGCUGUUUGACCUCCCACAGUCGAUCCAGCUCACGAAAAUGCUGUCGCGGCCCGAUGGCGCCCAUGCGGCAGCGCUCGAGACAGCGGCGCUCGUCCUCGCGGUCUUGGCCAACGCCACGUACCAUUCGCCGCGCAACCAGCGGCUUCUGCAGACGCUUGAAAUGCCGGUCGUGGCGCUCACCGACGUCUUCUUUGACGCCCCGUCGUCGUUGACGGAGCCCAUCGCGGUACAAGCGCUUCGCGUGCUGGCCAAUUUGACGUCGCACGCCGAAAAUCGGCGCAACAUGGCGCGGGACCCGGCCCUCUUUCGAGCCUUGCUUCGCGCGCUGCAGUCGGACGUCGCGCAAUUGCAUCGAUUCAGCGCGUUGGCGAUGGCCCAUCUCGCGACGGGCAGCGACGACCACCGCAUCCUCAUGGGCUCUUUUGGCGGCCUUUUGCCCGCGCUGGCCGAACGACUCAACGCCAAGCACCCGCUCGUGCUCGAAAAUGUGUGUUUUGCCAUCACAAAACUCGGCGCGCACGGCGGCAACCAGAUCAUUUUUGGCGCCAACUUGGUCUUUGAACGGCUGUUGCCGCUCGCGGUGCACAAUGACGUGGCAGUCCAGAAGAUGGCCGUGAACGCGAUCGCGGUUUUGAUCGACGGCAACGAGAAGAACAAAGUGUCGCUGGUCGAAUGCAACGCGAUUCCGAUCCUCUGCGGCCUCGUCAACCAGCUCGACAGCGUCCACUCGCGCGUACUCGAGUGUGCGAUGCAAACGCUCUCGGGGCUCGUGGCCGCGCAGGUGAUUGAAGUGAGCAAGUACCUCGACCCGCGCGUGGUGAUUCGGCUCUUGAGCAGCGUCAACGCCAAGCUCCAGCGCACGUCCUUGACACUGCUUGCGUCUUUGACCAAAGAGUCGUUCAACAAGGUGCGGUACGGCGAGAAGGACUGCAUGGAGGCUGUCGUGCAGUGCCUCAACAGCCACCUCAGUACGGGCACCAGCGACCGCGUCGAGAAUGACGCAACGUCGCUCUUGGACUCGGAAGCCGACUUGAUGUUGGUCGAACUCGCGGCGACGUCACUCGCCAACCUCUCGUUCGAACCACUCAACACGACGGCCAUCAUUGAAGCCAACGGCACAGUCAGCUGCGUCCAGCGUCUCGGCGAGCUCAUUGACGCAGCGCUCGUCCUGUCGUUCGAGUCGUCGCCGCAAAAGCCCAACAAGCGCCAAAGCCCCAAGAAACCGGCCACGCAGCACGGCAGUAGCAGCAACAACAACAACCAUGACGACGACGAACAGAGCCGCGCGUAUGUGGCAGACGAGACGCCGACCAAAGUCGCGAUCCCGCUUCUCAUCACGCGCCCGAUGCAGUGUGCCCACAUCCUCGAGCAAUGCGCGCUCAUACUCAACAACUGCGCGCACGCCAUCUUGGCGGGCCGGUACGUCACCGAAGACCUUGUCGGUACCGUCACCAUGAUGCUCGGCCACGCGAGCGACCUCGUCAAGAAGUGCGCGUGCUUUACACUGACGAUUUGGUGCUCGAAGGUCGAGCUGCACCAAGGCUACGUCAUGAACCAGCCAGGCGUGCUCACGACGCUGAUUGGGCUGCUCAACUCGUCGAACGCGGGGAUCCUCGAGGCCGCGCUCUGGGUGCUCACCAAGCUCUCGGGCUACCGCGACAACCACAUUCAGAUGGCCAACUGCGACAUUGUGCGCAUUUUAGAAGCACUUAUCUUUCGCUUCCACACGUCGAUUGGCUCGGGUGUUUUGGACCGAGCCAUCCGGCUUCUUGGCAACCUCGCACUCCACGACCCGAUUCGAGGGCUCGUCAAGUGCGAGGGGCUUGUCGCGGGUCCGCUGCACAGCAUUUUGGAGCACCAGCUGCAGCCGCAUCCGGCGCCUGUGAUUGAGGCGGGACCGAUUCUCCACUGCAAGAACAUUGCGCGGCUUAUGGGCAUCCUCCUCGGCGAAGACGCGCUCAAGCUCUUCUUCCCCAAGAAGACGCUCGGCCUCCUCAAGCGCAUUUACAUUGCCGACUCGACGUUGGUCAAGGUCCGGCGCAACAUCAUCCUCGUCUUCUUCCUUCUCUCGGGGAUUGAAGAGCACCGAUUUGGGAUCGCGUCUGGCGAGAAGGACUCGGUCGUGCCCAAGCUCGUGCAAGCGCUGGCCCUCGACGAGCACGAGCUCUUUGUGCGGGCCAAUAUUUUAGCUAUGUUUUCGCUCUGGAGCCAGCACGAAGGUCUCUGCCACCUGCUCUACCUCUGCGAGAUUGCUGAGACGCUGUUGAAAUACAUGGUGGUCACCGAGUUUGAAGCCGAUCACUACGCCGCCAUCAUCGUCCAUCAUCUCUCGAGCUUGAAGGAGCAAGUGCGCAAGCGCCUCGCCAUGGAAGGCACGACCGAGCUUGCGCUCUCGCUGCUCAAGCAAUGCCUUGAGACACCGAUCCCGAACGACCCGUUCGCCUUCAGCUGCGCGGGCAUCCUUGCGAAUCUCACGGUUCACGACGAUGCCAAGGCGAUCGUGGUGCAUGUCGGCGGCCUCCCGACGCUCCUGACGUACCUCGGGCUCAAGAUCGACGAUGUUGUCCACGGUGGCCCCAAUGCGAUCCUGGAUAGCCUUGCCAAAGUCCUCGCCAACCUCUCGUUCGACGACGCGUGCAAGGUUGAGAUGCUGCGACUGCACACGAUUCCGCUUGUGCUCCAGGUGCUACAGCGGCGCCUGGCCAACUUUGUGGGCGUGGAAAACUACGUCCUGUGCCUUGGCAACCUCUCGACUGUCCAUGGCGCCAUCGGGCAGCUCGAAGUCGCCAGUGCGAUACCAACGUUGUUUUCGCAUUUGGAAGCGCACCAAACUAGCUCGCCCUGGGUGGCCAAGUGCGUUAUCUGGACCAUCUCCAACAUGACGAUGCACUCGACCAAGAGCAAGUACCAAGUGCUCGAGUAUCCCACCGGCCUUCUCCUCGUGCUCUCACUGCUCAACACCGAGACGAGCAAGCAGACGGACACGAUCAUCGAGUGUACGAUGACGUGCCUGAGCUGCCUCGCGACCGAGCCCCCGAUUGCGGCCGGCCUCGCAGCGUGCGCCACGAUUCCCUUGAUCUUGCGCUACCUCGAGCCCGACGUGCGCCAGAGUCUCCAGCGCAAGGCGGUCAAGACCAUCAACUCGCUCGCAACAUUUGGGUUUGCCGACUAUAUGGAGGACCUCUCGCACACGCACACGCGGCUCCUCUCGAUCGCGUCCGAGGGUCACCAGAGCAUUGCGCCCACCGCGAUGGCGGCGCUGCGUCGCAUUUCGCAUCUGCGCAACGAGUCGCCCCAAGUACUCUGCGAACAUGUCAACGGCAUUGACGCGCUGCUCCAGCUACUCCAAAGCGAAUCGACGAGCACGGUGCUCGACGCGCUCCACUUGCUGCAUCAUAUUGCAGUCGAGACCGCGCCGAUUCUGAGGAACGCGCAGUACUUUGCGACCCGGCAAUCGUGUACGCUGGCGACUACGCUCCUCGGCGACGACUGCAGCACCGAGAUGGGCGACGCUGUCGUGCGCUUUGCAGCCUUCUUAAUUCAAAACUCGCAGUUUGACACGGGCAUGGCGGCAAGCGACGAAGACUGGCCGCUUGUGCUCACCCGCCUGAGUCGAUGGUGGGACGGCCUCGAUGCGUUCGAGACGCACGAGCUGACGCCAAGUCUGCUCGCUGCCGUCGACAGCUUUAUGCGGGACAAGACGUUCAUUGGCAAGCACUAUGGCCCGACGAUUCUGUCGGCCUCGAGUCUCCAACGAAUCGCCAGCAGCCUCCUCAAGCUCCUCAAGGGGCACAUCGACCCCGUACUGCAUGGCACGCGGGCGUUGGUGCACUUGGCAUGCGCGUCACUGCACUAUCAAAAAACGCUCUUUGAGGUAGGCUUUGCGAGACAGCUCUCGCAUGUGCUCCUCGCGGCUCCUGAGACCACGUGUCCGGACGUCUUGUGGCUCGUCUUGCUACAAGGUAUUUUGCUCUACACCCACGACAUAGUCGCCCGGGAGAUGUACAUGGAGAUAUCGACGGCAGAUGCGCUCUUGCGGCUCCUUUUUCAUUCGAACCUCGUCGUCGCUGCCAGAGCGUUGGAGAUUGUACAUCUGCUGGUCGCGCAGCCGCUCGGUCAGCGUGCAUUUCGGGCGGCCGAGGCCAUUAUGCACCUCACGACCAAACUCCGCAGUGAAGAGGAUACGACGAACCAAGUCCGGCUUGUGCAGAGCCUCGUGCUGCUCUGGGACGAGGCCGAGACGACCGUGCGUGCAUUUGUUACCGCCGAGACAGUGCCGCUGCUCAUGGGGCCGUGUCUCGUACGUCACUCGACCGACACGUUGAUCUUGCUGCACUGUCUCUCGCUCUCAGCGCGCUUCCACGCCUCGCUCUUUUGCUUUGCAGAGAGCUUUCUCGAUCGACUGCGCAGUCGCACGCAGUGGACGUCGUCCGACACGGUUCUUGUGCUCCGCAUUCUUGUCAACUUCUGCUGGGCCGUCGACUCGUACAUGCUGCGGAUGGUCGACUGCGGGCUCUUGCGAACGCUGCUGCCGGUGGCGCAGUGGGUGUGGGCGCCGUUCAACUCGGAGGCCCGCGCCAGCACCGUGCCCGAGGCUACCUGGGAAAAGGAAGUCGAGUUCGUCUUGAAGCUCCUCGCGCGAAUCACAUACGACCCGGCACUGCGCCUCACGUUCGUCGACGGCGCCGAAAUUCCGGAUAUUUUGGCGUUGCUCAAGCCGCCGCUGCGCCAUGGCAACGACUGGGACGACCUUGGUCUGCUUGAGAACGGCGCCGAAACCAUCGCCAACCUUGCGAUGGUCAAGGACAUUCAGAUCAUCUUGAUUGUCGAAGACGGCGUGACGUACAUGGCGCAGCUGUUGCUGCUGCUGCCGGCCAAGCACACGCGGCUCACGCGGCGCCUCGUCCGCGCGAUCCACAACCUCUCGUACGACUUGGAGGUCCAGGCGAUCCUGGCGGCGCAGCAGACGUUUCCUUACUUUAUCCAGCACAUCGCGUCGCUCAGUGGUCUCCCGUUGCUGCCACCGCCCGAUGCGACAUCGCUGGACGUGAACGCGAGUCACCAUGUGGCCGCCAUGGCUGUGUGCAUCGUCCACGACAUCUCCAAUACGGUCCAGUGGGUCGAUGGUCUCGUAGAGAUGGGCGCCCAGCGCGGCUUGGCAGCCUUGCUGCACCACAAGGCGCUGGGUGCGUGGUCGGAUGCAGCGAUCGAUCUCGAGUCGCUCGUGCUCGAGACACUUGGCAACCUCUCGCACACGGCGUUCGUGGAAACGCUCGUCACCGAUGGUGUCGCGUUGCACUUUGGACAGUUUGUCGUAUCGUACUUGGGCGUCCUUGCGCUGACGCCACCCGGACCGCGCAAGCAGCUGCAGUUUGGCUGGGCGCUGCACGGUUUGAGUACGCUCUGUGUGCGCAGCGCGAGUGCCCGGCAGCAACUCGCGACGAACGCCAAGUGCAUCUUGGACGUUGCGCACUGGCUCGUGGCCUUGCACGAGGCCCCUUUGCCCAAUCAGAUGGACGCGGUGGCGCUGCUAUCGAGUCUGUGUCGCGUUGAGAGCAGCCGGAAUGCGCUCGCCCCCAAGGUGCCCCCCAGCCUUUUGGACCGCACGGUGGACGUGGCGCUGCACGCGGACGCUACGGAGGCGGGCCAAGCGGCGGCGCUGGCGUUGCUUGCGCACCUCCUGGGUCCGGACGUGGACGUUGUCGAUCAGAACGGAUGGUCCUUUGCAUUUGCAGACACCUUGUCGUCGUCGGUUUUGCUGCACGAUGCCAUUGGACGCCAGCGGUCUGAGGCCUGCUAUACGAAUGGUCUCCAGCUUCUCCAUGGGUGUCUACGCCACACCAAGCUCCUCACGCACAAAGUGCCGACGACCAUGUACCUUCUCGUUCUUGCCGCUCUGCAUGCGAGUCCCACGCCGACGCUCGACUUUCGAUACGCCCUCGGGAUCCUCGAGAUUGCUGUCGAGCAUAUUGAAAGCCGGCGCCAGCUCGUCGAGACUCAAGCCCUCGAUGCGCUCUUGCUCGGCUUGGCGGACGCCCCCACGAGUCUCUCACUGCCCGCGCUCCAAGAAGUGCUUCGAAAGCUGCUCCUGGAGGCCAUGGAGGUGUACGUCGAGCGCGACCCGGCCCUCGUGGCCAUCGUGGCGUCGGUGCUCACAGCGAUACCUAACCCGCUGCUCGUCGACACGGCCCUGGCGUUUCUCGGGCACUUGGCAUUGGCUGGCGGUGUCCUUGCCGGCGCGGUCAUUGCGUCGGUGCAGGCUGAGAUGCGCUUGCUGCAGCUCCUCUCUCGUCAUGUCGAGCAGGUGCACGCCACCACGUGUUCGCGGGCGAGUGUCAACGUCGCGCGCUUCAUCUCGUACGAAGACAUGCUGCGCGUCUACCUCUUUGCCAUGACGUUCCGACGUCACGCGUCGGAUCGUCCGCUCACGCCCGGAUCGCUGUGGAUGACCGACCGCAACAUUGCGUCGUGUUUCAUCAUGGACCUUCUCUACUGGUUCUCGUCGCAGCAGCACACGGUGACGCGCCACUUUGGGUCCAUGUACCCGGAUCUCAUUCUGGCCACGCCGCUGCUCGUGCAAAUGGCCUACCCAAAAGAAGCGUCGCACGCGCCGCUGCCGGGCGUCCACUACUUUGAUCAUGUCCAAGAAGACAUUCUGCAUGAGCUGCUAGUCAUCAUCACGGCGUCGCCUUUUGGCGAUACGAUUGCGCAAGCGUGCAUAUAUGCGCUCAUCGAAAUGCACGCGUGGUGGGGCGCUGAGUCGCUCCUCGUGGCGCUUCUCCAAGCCCUACCGGCGAAAACGGAGCUUUUGAUGAAGCUCUCGGCCCUUCUCGAACCCGCGCCGACACCGACCCUUCGGUUCCUGAUGCUCCUCGUGACCACCGACGCGCUUGUCGACGACUUGAAGGCCGUUGGCGUCAAGGAAAACCUCGAGUCGCUCGAGGUGCCGGACGAAGCCGACCAGUCGAUGCGGUCGGCGCUGCUGAAUUUACUCGGCUACUCGGUGGACCUCUCGCUGGCCUUUGUCGCCGACUUGCAGCGCUUUGCGGCGUGUCUUCGUGACCCGCUCGAACGCACGCAGCUCAUGGCUGGCAUGCAAACUACCCUGGCGAUGCAUGUGGUGACCGAGCCCGACGUCCUUGCGCAAGCACUCCCGCUCCUCGUGCGCGAGCUCACGCGUGACGUGGCAUUUCUCAACGAUGUCGUGCAUUGCCUCGUCCACUUUGUCUCGUUCGAGUGCUUUCCCGAUUACUGCGUUGACCCAUCGACCGUCCUACGUGCUUAUCUGGAGCGCUUUCAUUCCUUCUCGCCCAAGAGCCACGACGCGCUCAUGGACAUUCUAGUGUCUUUGCACGACGCUGGCGUGCCCGCGGACGCAUUUGGCUUCUUUGCGCUCGACUCCAAGGACGGGUUUGAGCCGCUUCCGAGUCUUCUGCGGCUUGCAGCCGACCUUCUUGGUGCGAAUAUCGCCGCCGCGUCCCGCAUGCUGCACUUUGCCUGGCUCCAAGCCAUGCAUGAGACACACGUUGUUGUGCUCUUGGCGCAGCAUGCGUCGCUUCUGACACCGUUCUGUGUGCUGCUACAUCAGCUCCCGCCGGUGCCCAAGCCCGGGGCGAAGCGCGGCCCGCGUCACGCCGGGUGGACGCCCUCGCAGAUCGCGCAGUUUGAUGUCGUGCAAAUGAUUCAGAGUAUGGCCGCCUUGACGUGGGCUCCGUCGUCCUUAUGCGAAGCCACGAGCCUCUUCAUGCGUCUUAUUGACGUGCUGGGCACGUUUCCCGUCCAGACAGCGCCCAAAGUCCAGGCACUUCAAACCCAGUACCUCUCCGAUAUCUCGAAAAUCGUGCACCGGCUCAGCAUUUUCGUGGCCGACGACACGUUUGACUUGGACGACGGCUUCAAGCGGCUCGUGGGCUACCUCGACGUGUCGCCCAAGCCCGGCCCUGUCCAGCUCGCGCUUUAUCAGCUGGUCGCAAACGUCUCCAAGCUGCCGUCCGUCGUGCUGUCGCUGCACCGGCUCCAGUGCCUCGAGACGCUCGUCCACCGCUUUCCGAAAGUUCAUCUCGACUACCAACUGUAUGUGCUCGCAGCCUUGGCCAACGCCGCGCAAACCGGCCUUGAGUCCGAGAUUGUGAGUCGCUUGGCAAUCGAAGCGAACGCUGUCCACGCUCUCUUGCGGGGGCUGCAGACGUACACGCGCGAACCGCAAGCGCAUGCGGCGUUUCUACUGUCGGCGCUUUUGCUGCAUUACCCGGACGUCGGCGGGUCCAUUGAGUGCGUCACAACACUCAUCGAAUGCCUCGAGGCUGUCGACAUGAUUGUCGUACAGCACGUGCUCGUGGCGCUGAGUGCGAUCCUGCACGUCGAGCCGACGCAGGAGACGCUCUUGCGACACGCCACCGUGCCGGUGUUGGCGCAGAUUCUUCAGAAAAGCGACUACGUCUGCACCGAGCACGUGCUGCGCAUUUUAGCAGUCCUGUGCUCGCAGCACGCGGCCAUUUGUCGGCGGGUCGUCGCAUCCAACCUCUUGGGCAUCUUGCUCUCGACCGUGCGCAAUGUGGCGGAAAUUGAGAGUCGACCUCAUGACGUCUUUCACGCGGCGUGGGUCCUCUCGUGCCUCACCAAGGACAAGGACUUGGCAGGCCGCAUCGACGACUUUGAUGGGACAUUUUUUGCGUUUCUUCAUGGGUCGCUCGCGCAUUUUACGCUCAAAACACUCAGCAAACUGCUGCGCAUGCUCAGCCAUGUCUGGGGCUACGUCCUUCCGGUAACCCGCGAGCUCGUGAGUCCGUAUGUGAAGGCCCUCUUGACGAUUCUACCGCGCUGCGACAACACGACGCUGGUCAAGAACGGCGUGCACGUGCUCUGCAUACUGUUCUUGCAUCCAUCGCUCGAAGACGAGCCCGAGCUCAUUGAAGCACUAGCCCAAAGCUUCUUCUCGUACUUGCACGAUGCCAACAGCAAACUCGUGGUGUAUUGCCUUCGUGCGCUCACGGCCGGCGUCGUUGCAGAGGCACUCCCCGAGCACCUCAUUCGCGCCCACUUUGACGUCCAGGCCAACGUCCUUCACGUGCUGCAUUUGCUCGUGCCCGAGGCGUACAAUGGCGGUGAGCACAACCGUCUCCUCUGCGUGCUGCAGUUUCUCAAUGCGAUUUCGACGGAUGAGAGUACGCUGCCGAUGCUCACACCAUUGGCGGUGCCGCCGCUCUGGCACGUCCUCGAGUCGUCGCCGCUCGAGUCGUUCAACGACUGCACAAUCAAAGAGACGUUGUUGCUGCUGAGCACGUUGACGCGGGUGGCGUCGCCGGUGCUGAGCCUCACGCCACUCUUGGUCGCGGCGCUCAAGCAGCUCCUCUUGCUGCUCGACCAAGACGACGCGCCGAGUUGUGUCUACUACGCCGACGGUCUCCAUGUUCUCAUCAACUUGACGGCGGUCGCCGAGCUUGCGCAGUCGCUCGUGCUCCAUGGCGCGCUCAACUUGCUGCUCGACAUGUUCGUAGGCGGCGACGAGACGCAUGUGCCACUGGUGUUGCUCGGGAUUGCGUCGCUUUCGAGUGACGCGCUGGCCCAGCAAACGGUUGAUUUCACGCCGAUCUUGGCCAAGCUCAUGCAUUUGGUGGUCUCGUCGCCACCGACGGUGCAAGCCACGUGUGUGUGGGUCGUCUCCAACAUUGCGAGCCUCGAUGCGGUCCGGCGCCAACUCAAUGCUCAAAAUGGCGCGUCGGUGUUGCAGUCCCUUCUGAACGAAGUGACCAACCCCGCCCUCUCGGCGACAAAUAGCCGGCCAGUGUCGUCGAGCAAGCGCAUUCGCGACCACGCCCCGAAAGCGCUCAAAGACCUUGGGUUCACACCGCUCAACCCGCGCUAGCCCU